CUGAGAUUUCACAGUUCGUAGUAAUUUCUCGCACAAAGAGAAGGAGGGCUGGAGAAGACGCUGCCAUCUCCAGUGUGCAUGAAGCUUGAGGUGCGUUGUGAUAUGGAGCUGCGAAGGUUUGCAUGUUCCGGUUGAGGACGUCUGAAGGAAUAGCGUUUCAUUUCAAGGACCACUUCGAUGCAGAACUAUUUCACGCUAAUUUCUUAGCACGACGGCGGAUCUGAAUUGGACUACCUAUUAAAAAGGACUUUUGGUUACCUGAACAAGUUUUUUUCUCUUCUAACUUACUAUAUUGUGCUCUCGGGGCUUCUCUUUUUCCCUCACACUCAAGGAACCGUCUGUGAAAAGUCGCUCAGGAUGUUGACAACUCUGCGUAAAUGGAUAUGAAAUAAGGAACACUUUGAUUACGACUGGAAAUCGCUUCAUCUUAGUCGCGUGAGACUGUUGAUACGCCGCAUUUAUUGUUUCCCCAGCCCAUUCGCUUCACGUUUAAGCCGUUUUAGGACGCCGAAAGUCACUUCCGCGGAUUCCGUAACAGUUCGGUUCAAACUCGUUCAUAAAGCUUGUGCCCGUCUCGUUCGAGCAUCGUCACUUCUGCAGAUGUGCUCUGGUUCAAUUCUAACCAUCGUGUAGGGUGUUGAUGGAGAGCCUUUCGAAUGACAGCCGGGACAGUGGUAAUCACAGGUGGAAUUCUAGCUACAGUAAUCUUACUGUGCAUUAUCGCUGUACUGUGUUACUGUAGGCUGCAGUACUAUUGCUGUAAGAAGGAGGAGUCGGAGUCAGAGGAGGAGGAGCCUGACUUCGCCGUCACGUCUCGUAUGCCGCCGGUGCAUUCAAACCACAACAUCCUGGCGGCCUCUGUCCCAACGGCAACCACCCCCAAUGGGCCUGCCUUCUUCACGCCCCCGCAGACACGAAAACUGACACGCUCGCAGACGUACUGUCCAUCAUGUACGCAUUACGACCUGCCGUUUUACCUGCAGCAGCCAGACGGCCUGCGAAAUGGCGGCGAACGCAUUAGCUACCGCAGUGUGCAUCAACAGGAUUUGGGGCUGCCCACUCCAUUGCCCGCCCCGCUGCCGACGCCGCUACCCAACUACCACAAACUAAACCUCAGCCGCUCAGUCACCAUGAGGGAGAUGUUCACACGAAGCUGCAGCAUUAGCACCGAUGUGUAGCCAGACAGAUUUAUAUGAUGCUAAAUGCUAACGGCUAACAGCGUCAAUGCGGGCAACAGACCUAAUUCUCAUUAAAAAACACAAUUCAGCAUUUCAUAAAGCUGUAGCGCUUGCCUGCGUAAAAACAGUGUCAACAAUGUCCUCUGGAAACCCCCGGAGUGCCGAGCUUUUAGGAAGACGGCCCAGUGUGUUCGUUCUUAAAUGGGAACUAUAAAGGCCAAAAUGGGGUGAGAGCAAAUAUUCGGAGGCCCUCUCCCUCCCUCAGCGCAUCUGCUUCACUCCUGAAUCCCUUGUUUUGUGUUUUCAGUAAUUGGAAAGAGGAUUCAGAAAAUAAAGCUGCAGUUUUUAUGCUUUCCUUACAUUUUUCUCAAAAGACACACCAAUGCACGGAAACAUUGACAUUUUGAAUUUUUAAAUAUACGUUCUGAAUGGAAACUUUUCUAUUGUUCAUGUAGCUCGAGACAUUUUAGCUGAAUAAUAACUGAUAUAGCCACCGACUUUGUUUUAACAAACCAACACAUAUAGUACAACUUAUGAAAAGCCCUAAGUGGGCUGCAAUAAAACUGCUGGGUCAAAAUGUGACAACGUUUGAUUAUGAGGUAACAUAUGGGAUGAGAAGCAUUCUUUUUUACUGAAAAGUUACUGUGUGCGAUUCUAUAUAUUAAUAGAUGUUUUGACAGUGUGUGAACUAUUUGUUCUGUUUUGGAUGUUUAAAUAAUUUGUUCUUCUUUAUUCACAUUUCUCCUAUCUAAAAAGGUACAGGUUUUCGUUUCACCUGCAUUAAAAUGC